CUCUUGUUAUUGUACACUCCCAUCCACAAACUGAAGUCUUUUCCUCUUUUAUCUCCCUCCUUCUCCACCUUAUUAUUCGCAUAUUCUUAUCCACCAUUUAUAAACCUUUCUCCUUCAAAACCAACAUCAACAAAAAAAAACUAACUCCUAAUCAUAAAUUAAUAUUAAUUAAAUCUUAUCCAUUUACUCGCCGAGUCAAUCAUCAUGACUCGGCGGUGUUCCCAUUGCAACAACAAUGGCCAUAAUUCCCGGACUUGUCCUACCAGAGGUGGCGUCACCGGCGGUGUCGGUGGUGGUAGCUCCGGCGGCGGAGGUGUGCGGUUGUUUGGUGUUAGGCUUACGGAUGGGUCGAUCAUGAAGAAAAGUGCGAGCAUGGGAAAUCUAUCCUCCCUUCACUAUCAUUCUUCUUCUUCCGCUGCUGCUUCGCCUAAUCCUGGUUCUCCUUCUUCUGAUGUUCUUCGUGAAUCUGUUCAUUUGACUGAUGGUUAUCUCUCUGAUGAUCCUGCUCAUGCUUCGUGUUCUGCAAAUCAUAGAAUUGAAAGGAAAAAAGGCAUUCCAUGGACAGAGGAAGAGCACCGGCUUUUCUUGAUCGGGCUACAAAAAUUGGGCAAAGGAGAUUGGCGGGGUAUAUCGCGAAACUUUGUGACGUCAAGGACUCCUACCCAAGUAGCUAGCCAUGCCCAGAAGUAUUUUAUUCGGCAGAGUAAUGCUACUCGGAGAAAGAGAAGAUCCAGUCUUUUUGACAUUGUUGCUGAUACGGCUGCUGAUGCUUCCCAUCCACUUCCGGAAGAACAAUUUAUGCUCCCACCUAGAGCAAUGGAAAGUGAUAAGGAACAGUUAGCACCCUCCGCAACAAAAGCAAUAGAAACUAAUUUUGCAGAUUCACUCCCUUCCUUAGAACUUUCUCUCAAGUCAGAUUUUGAAUCCAUGGAAACCGCUCCAAGUGAACCUGUUGAAGAAACGAAACCAAAUACCACAAUCAGCGAAAUUCCUUCAGUAUUUCCAGCAUUCUUCCCAGCUUACAUUCCAGUUCCAUAUCCCUUCUGGCCAUCAAAUGCCUUCCCGGUCCCUGAAGAUAGAGGAGCAGAACCGUCUCAUCAUCAGAUCCUCAAGCCAAUUCCAUCCGUCCCUAAAGAACCCGUGAAUGUAGAUGAACUGGUGGGAAUGUCCCAGCUCACUUUAGCAGACACUGGUUCUGGCCUUAUUGAGCCUUCACCACUCUCCCUUAAGCUAACAGCAGAACCAUCACGACAAUCAGCUUUUCAUGCUAGCGCACCAGUCAAAAGCUCAGAGAUUACCAAGGGUGAAACUGCUCCGAUUCAAGCACUUUAAACCUAUUGGGGAUGAGUCUACCUUGUUUUUCUUAAGGGUGUAAGUACAUGUUCUCUUCCCUCUCAUCUAUGUGACAUAGGGUAGGUACUUUCAAAGAAGCAGCAAGUAGGUGAAUUUAGCUGAAAAUUCAUUCUUUGUCAUUGUAUAGAACUUAGGGUGUCUAACAUACUUAAUACUGUGGUGUUUUAUGUAAAUUGUUGGCUUCUUUGUAAUUGCUUUUAUUUUCUCACAUUUAAGAGAAAAUAUAGGGUCACUGAUUCUGUUCAGUGUGAUGGUUUGGCAUAGUUUACUUCCAAUUUGAGAACUUUUGAUA